UCCGAGCAGUUCGAGUUUCGCGUGUGGCGUGAUAUCUUAUAUUGCCUUAUAAUAUUCCUUCACAUUUCUUUUUCUAAGAAUGCACUGGAAAACAGGUAAUUUAAUAUCCAAUGAUAUUGAUAGUGAUGAUAGUGAUAUGAGUACAGAUAGGAUACCAAACCAGGAUAUAAGCAGUGAUGAUGAGAGUUCAACAAAUGAAUCUGUAUCAGAUAGCAAUGAUGAUACUAUUCCUGUUAUUAAGAAGUCAAAAGCCUCAACAUCUACUUCAGUAGAUGGGCCAUCCCAGCAAAAUAAUGACAAUGAUGAUGAAGAUUCUAUUAAUUCAGAUGCAGAUGAAGUUGUUCAAGCUAUAUUACAUGCAAAGGAAUUGCAUAGGAAUCAUCCACCCUCUAUUACAUUGGAAGAUAUGAUAACAGAUAUAUGUUUCCAUCCUAAAUUGGAUACUAUAGGCGUAGCCAGUAUCACGGGAGAUGUUUUCAUGUAUAAAUAUAACAAUGAAGAGACCAAUCUUGUAUCGACCAUAGAAUUACAUCUUAAAGCUUGCCGGGAUAUUGAGUUUAGUGAAGAUGGACAGUUGUUAUUUUCAACUGGAAAAGAUCUGUGUAUAGCGAUAACCAAUGUAGAAACGGAACAACUAGUCAGAUUGUACGACAAAGCUCACGAGCAACCUAUAUACACAAUGACGAUUAUCAGCGAGCAUGUAUUUGUAACAGGCGACGAUAACGGUGUAGUAAAACUUUGGGAUCUCAGGCAAAAGGGAAGCGUGCCGAUAUUUUCUAUAAAGGAUGCAGAAGAUUACAUCAGUGCAAUGAUAACCAAUACAGACGCCAAGUAUUUAGCUUGUGCUAGUGGUGACUGUCUGACGACUAUAAACAUACCUGAAAGAAAACUGCAUGUACAGUCCGAGGAACACGACGACGAGCUGACCUGUCUUGGUUUAUUUAAAAUGGAAAGUAAAUUAUUAACGGCUAGUAAUAAAGGGAAAAUGUAUGUAUAUAAUUGGGGAGAAUUUGGGCUACAUUCGGAUGAAUUUCCAAGUAUCAAAAAGAAGGCAAUUAAUUGUAUGAUCCCCAUUACGGAAAACGUAGUGAUAACUGGUGAAGAAGAUGGAAUAGUUAGGGCAACCAGUUUGUUUCCUCAUCACCAUCUUGGCAUAGUUGGACAACACAACUUUUCCGUCGAGACACUCGAUAUUAGUAAUGAUGGGAUUUUAAUAGCAUCCUCUUCGCAUGAUAAUGAUAUCAAAUUCUGGAAUGUACAAUAUUUUGAGACCCUAAAUGUCACUGAAUCCAAAAAGGGUGAAAAGCGAAAAUGGCUCGAACACAAUCUUCCUAGUAGUAAAAUUCAUAAUCGAUCCGAUUUCUUUGCAGAAUUGUAAUGUUAACGAUAAUAAAAUAUUUUAACAUAUUCUGUUUAAUCGUUAAAACGUAAAUCCUUGCAUAUCGUUGAUAAUCCUUGCAGAUUGUUUUGAAAUAAUUCAUUCGACAUCAUUUAACAUAUAUGAAUAAACGGAUAAACGAGUAGUUUUACAAAAUGUGUGCAUUUUAUACAUAAUUAUUGGUACAUGAACACUACACAAAUUUAUGUGAUAUGAAUAUUAAUAUAUAAUUUGUUUUGAUUAAACUUGGAGUAUCUUACAAAAUAUAAGCUCAAACAUAUUCUAUUACAUUGAUAGAUUGCUAUAUUUAUAUCUAGGAUAUUAUCAUAUUAUAUCAGUUCUGUUAUAAACUAUUAAAGCAGUAGUAUUAUAUAAGUCCAUCUAGAUGUAUAUAUGUAUAUAAUAUAUACGUAGCAAAUUAAAUAGAUUAACUAAAAUCUUGGCGUGCUUUAGGAAUAGAUUAAAUUCUCAAAUUCAUUGUUUGCAUUUUUUUUCGUAAUUCUAUAAAUUUACCUCAAUUGUAAAAAACGUUUUUUUGUAAACAUUUAUAGCAAUUGAAUUAAAUAGAUAGUACAAAUGAUAUUUCGACACAGAUGUAAUAUAAAAUAUAUGAAACUUUUUAGCUAGAAAUGUUCCUCCGUAAAUAGUGAGGAAUGAUUUCGUUUCUUUGAGUCCUAUUCAAAUUGCAUUUUGACGCAAUAAAGAUGCAAAAUAUAAAUGU